GAAAAACGCCGGUGAUCGAGUAUCGAAAUGGAGGACAAUCGUGUUGAAGAGGAUGGGGAAGUGAAAUCCGAUGUUGGAACGUCUUCAGAUGAGAAGGCAUCGGAUUCCGAGGUUGAGAAGAGACAAAGGACUGAUUCGGAAAGAUCUGGAAAAGAUAAAAAGAAGAAGCAUAAGAAAGAGAAAAAACACAAAAAGGAUAAGAAGCAUAAGAAGGAGAAAAAACAUAAACGCGAAAAAGAAGUUGAAAUGGAAAAUGAUGGUCCUCCAGCAAAAAAGAGAACUUUAGAAGAAGUCGAUACUAAAAAAGACGAAUCUAAAAAGAAAGAAGCAAAAGAAUCAUCUCGAAACAAUGAAGAUGAACUCAGAAAUCCUCCUAGAAGGGAACGCUCAAAAAGUGCUGAACGUAGGGAUCGUGAAUUGCGAGAAAGACGAGAUGCUGAACGAAGAGAUCGAUCACUUAGUAAAGAACGAAGAUUGAUUCAGAGAAAAAGAGAAGAUAACAGAAGAGAUCCGCGUGCUCAUGAAGGAAAUCGUCGUAGAGAUAGAACACCAGAAAGAUUCAGAAACAACAGAGAUCGUCGUGACAGAGAUGGAAGAAGAGAGGAUCGUCAUAGAAGAAGUCCUGAUAGAAGACGUGACUCGGAUAGAAAAAGAGAGGAUGGGAAGAGAAAAGAUGAGUCAAAGGAUGUUGAGUGGAAUUUGGAUUCUGAUUCUGAUGAUGAACAGAAGAAAAUUGAAGCGGCAAGAAAGCGACGAAUUCAAAUUAUAAAGAAGAUUGAAGGGCAUACUGAAGAAAAUACUCCGCGUGAUAGCAGUACUCCAAGAAGUGAUACAAUCGGAGACAAAAAGACUGACGAAUCAGAAGACAGUAGCUCCGAUUCGGAAGAUGAUGAAGACGAUCGCAAACUGGCUGAAGCAAAAGAUCUGAUAAAAUCUACCCGAUUCGGAAGCGAGCAAGGGAGUGGAGCAUCGACUCCAGUAAGUAUUCAAUCGGAUAAUGACACUCCAACUGAUUUCUUCUCUGGUCUUCGAGAUAAAAUGGUUCACAUGAAAGAUGCAGAUGAACAUAAUGUAGACGAAGUACUUCAAAGAGGAAAAGAUGAAGAAUACAGAGAAGACUGGCAUACUCAAUUGAAAGAGCAAGAAAAGCGGGAGGAAGAGGAGAAGAAAAAGAAAUUGGAAGCAGAAGCCGCCGCCGAAGCAGCUAAAAAGAAAAAGCAAGAGGAAGAUGAUACGGGAUUCGAUAUGUUCGCUGAUAAUGAGGAACUUCCACAAGACAGUACAACAAUUGAUGGGCAUAGUGGAGCAGUACACGACACUUUGAAAGAUAAUUGGGAUGAUGUAGAAGGAUACUAUCGCGUAAGAAUUGGAGAGCUCCUAGACACACGUUAUCGUGUUGUUGGUUUCACUGGUGCUGGUGUUUUUGGUAAUGUAUGCCGAUGCAAUGAUCAGACAAAAGGAAACACUGUUGCUGUCAAGAUUAUCAGAAACAACGAAGUUAUGUACAAAACAGGACUCCGUGAACUUGAAGUUCUUCGAAAAUUGAAUGAAGCUGACAAGGAGGAUAAAUAUCAUUGUCUUCGACUGUUCAGAACUUUCAAGCAUCACAAUCACUUGUGUCUAGUCUUUGAAAAUUUGAGCAUGAAUCUACGAGAACUUUUGAAAAAAUACGGACAGAAGGAUGGAUUACAUUUAAAGGCAGUUCGAAGUUAUGCUCAACAACUACUUCUGGCUCUGCGUCUUCUCAAAAAGUUGGAAUUCGUUCAUGCUGAUAUUAAACCUGAUAAUAUUCUUGUAAAUGAGUCGAAGCUAACAUUAAAACUUUGUGAUUUUGGUUCUGCUGGUCGCGUCAAUGAACAAGAAUUGGCCCCAUACUUGGUCUCUAGAUUUUAUCGUGCACCAGAAAUUAUGCUCGGAGUCCGUCAUGACUAUGCAAUUGACCUCUGGUCCGUUGCAGUUACUCUCUAUGAAGUUUACACUGGAAAAAUCAUGUUCCCAGGACGAACCAAUAAUCAUAUGUUGAAAUUGUUCACUGAUGUCAAAGGAAAAUAUCCCAACAAAUUGGUUCGAAAAUCGCAAUUCAAAGAUACUCACUUUGAUGUAAACUGUAAUCUUUUGUAUCAAGAAGUUGACAAAGUUACAGAAAGAAACAAGAUUACUGUUCUUGCAAAUUUGAAACCGACACGCGAUUUGGAAUCAGAAUUGAUUGCCGGGCAACGUUUGAGCAGAGACCAAAUGGAUCAGGUUAGUGUACCUUAUAGUGCAGCUGGUUAGACUAUUGUCGACCACCCAAAUGUCCCUGGUUCACCCCCGCUCUAUGUUCCUCUCCACUUUGUUAAUUUUCUGGAAUGGAGAUUUUAUAAGAGCGAAAAUAAAAUGUCAUUAGCGGUGCUCAUCUUCGGUUAAUUUUCUCGAUAUGGCUGAUUGGAUAAUGACUACAUUUUUAUUUUCACAGAUACAAGCGUUCCGAACUUUGCUCGAUGGAAUGCUGAUUCUUGAUCCAAGCAAACGAACAACCUGCAAUGAGGCUCUCAAACACCCAUUCUUCACCAUACCUAUCAAAUAAUACAUUUCCCAAAUUUUUUCGGUGAUCUCUAAUUUCUCUUCUCCUAUUUCGAUUGUAUGUAUGCUAUAUUUAAAUACAUAUUCCUCGACAGCAAAUUUUUUGUUAUCUUUCGAUUCAUUAUGGAAAUUUUAAAUGAAAAUGAUUGUAAAUUC